UUUGGGUCCGGUCAGAUCUGGGUCUCCUAUCACGAAACCGGACCCGACCCCUGAAAUUAUGUCCCACACGUUGCAGCGCACUGGGCCAUAUUCCUCUCCCCCUCUUUCUGUCUCACUCGCAGUCCGAUUGAAACGACAGGUUCAAUCUGCUGUCUCUCUAACUCACUCACCCUUCGAUUGAAAGUCUAAAACGAAAACUCUGAAGGAAAACGUUUGAAAAAGUGCAGCAUUUUCAUCUCUCUCUCUCUCUCUCUCUACCCCGGGCUCACUCUACCUGCAAAAUGUGAAAAACCUACUCUGCCCCUCUUUUAAUGGUAGCUGCACUGAGAUGCAUCAACACAGCGAAAUGUCUGAUGACCCUUCGCCUCAAACGUCUCUCUCCUCGCCGCUCUCUCUCUACCCUUUCUCUCUCUCAUCCCAUAUAUUCAAAUCAAGACCAUGGCACUCACCUCUUCAUCUGCAACUCCAAAAUCAUGGCUCUUGGCCGAGCUGGAAAGGUCGACGAAGCUCGCCAAAUAUUCGACAAAAUGGUUCAGAGAGAUGCAGUUUCAUGGAACUCCAUGAUCACUGGGUAUUCUCUGAAUGGCCAACUCGAUGAAGCUCGCCAACUAUUCGAUAUCUUCAAUGGAAAAAACGUCAGGACAUGGACUGUCAUCCUCUCUGGUUAUGCUCAAGCUGGUGAAGUUGAAGAAGCUCGACGGGUUUUCGAUGCCAUGCCUGAGAAGAAUGUGAUUUCAUGGAAUGCAAUGCUCACUGGUUACACCCAAAACAGGAACUUGGAAGAAGCUCGAAAGCUGUUUGAUAAAAUGCACGAGAAGAAUGUGGUUUCUUGGAAUGCAAUGCUUACUGGUUAUUGUCAUCUGAGUCAGAUAAGAGAGGCGAGAAGGCUCUUUGAAUUGAUGCCGGGGAGGAAUUUGGUUUCAUGGACUGUGUUGAUUUCUGGAUAUUUACAUAUAGAAGAUUUUGCGGAGGCUUGGAGCUUGUUUUCAUGGAUGAUUCGAGAUGGAGUGAAGCCAGAUCAAUCAAACUUUGCUGUGGUAUUAAUGGUGGUCACUGGUUUAGAUGAUAUGAAGGUUCUCAAACUUAUGCAUGGCUUAACUGUAAAGACUGGUUUCGAUGGGGAUGUGGUGGUAGGUACGUCGAUUUUGAAUGCUUAUACAAAAUUCAGGGAACUGGGAGCUGCAUCUUUGUUCUUUGAUACCAUGCCUGUGAGAAAUGAGUUUUCUUGGACCACCAUGAUUGCAGCCUAUGCACAGAAUGGAAGGUUAGAGGAAGCCUGUGAAAUUUACAGACUUAUUCCUAAACAAACAGUGGCAACACAGACUGCCAUGAUAUCGGGGUUUUCUCAAAACGGAAGAAUUAUCGAAGCUAGGAAGGUUUUCGAUGAGAUUCCAGACACAAAUGUGGUCACAUGGAAUGCCAUGAUCGCUGGUUAUGCUCAAAAUGGAAUGCUUGAUGAAGCUCUAGACAUCUUUUGCAAAAUGCCUGAGAAAAAUACAGUUUCUUGGUCAGCCAUGAUUUCUGGCUACUCUCAGAAUGAGCAAUGGUACGAAGCUCUCGAGAUGUUCUUAGAGCUUCUUAGAUCAGGCAUGGUGCCUAGCCACUCGGUUUAUACCAGCGCCUUCAAUGCCUGUGCAAAUAGUGGAGCGCUGCAAUUGGGGAAACAAAUUCAUUCUCUCACUGUAAAAACUGGGUGUCAAUUCAACCCAUUCGUUGGGAAUGGCGUAAUCACCAUGUAUGCAAAGUGUGAUAACCUGGAGGACCUGUCGAGGGCCUUCAACUCCAUGAAAGCUCGGGAUAUAGUUUCAUGGAACUCUCUGAUUUCGGGGCUUUCUCAAAACCAGUUGCUCGAUGAUGCUCGUCAUGUCUUCGAGAAGAUGCCCCAUCGUGAUACAGUGUCAUGGACGUCCAUGAUUUCUGCUUAUGCACAAGCUGGGCAAUCAGAGAAGGCCCUGGAAUUGUUUAGAGAGAUGUUGGGUAAGAGCUCAAGGCCAAAUCCAUCAACCUUUACAAUCAUUCUGAGCUCAUCUGCAAGUUUGGGAGCCAUCAAGCUUGGGAGACAAACUCAUAGCUUCUCUCUAAAACUUGGAUUCUCUAAUGAUAUCUUUGUUUGUAACUCUCUGAUAACCAUGUACUUUAAAUGUGGAAGCACCGAGGCUUUCCGGGUCUUCGAUGAGAUGCCUGAUCGAGACUUGAUCACUUGGAAUUCAAUCUUGGCAGGUUGUGCUCAACAUGGGUUUGGAAAAGAGGCCAUUAGAGUCUUUGAAAAGAUGCUAAGAAAAGGGGUGGCCCCUAACCAUGUGAGCUUUGUUGGUCUUCUUGGUGCUUGUAGCCAUGGAGGCCUAGUCGAAGAAGGAUGCCAUUACUUCGAGUCUAUAGAGAAAGACCAUGGCAUGAUGCCAUUAGAGAGCCAUUAUGCAUGCAUGGUUGAUCUUCUUGGAAGGGCUGGUCAUCUCUAUGAAGCCGAACAGUUCAUAGAAAACAUGCCUAUAGAGCCUGAUUCAGUUGUAUGGGGAGCUUUACUUGGAGCUUGUAGAAUUCAUCUUAAUGCUGAAUUGGGUCGAAGAGUUGCAGAGAGGUUAUUUCAAAUGAAGCCUGAGAAUCCGGGUCCGUAUGUUCUUUUAUCGAAUAUAUAUGCAUCUCUUCAUAUGUGGAAAGAAGUUGGGGAAGUUAGAAAGAUGAUGAAAGAUAGAGGAGUUGCUAAAGAGCCUGGUUGUAGUUGGGUUCAGGUUAAGAAUAGAGUUCACUCUUUUGUGACUGGUGAUAUGGGACAUGAACAGAUGGUCGAGAUUCACCGAAAGCUUAAGGAGUUGUAUGGACGAUUGAAAUCAGCUGGUUAUGUGCCUGAAACCAGCUAUGUGUUGCAUGAUGUAGAAGAGGAGCAAAAGGAGAAUGCAUUGCUUUUGCAUAGCGAGAAGUUGGCUGUUGCUUUUGGAUUGAUGAGCACAACUGAGGAAGAGCCUAUACAGAUUAUGAAGAACCUUAGAGUUUGUGGGGAUUGCCACAGUUUCAUGAAAGUUUUGUCAGGGGUUACACGGAGAGAGAUUGUAGUGAGAGACGGGAACCGGUUCCACCAUUUUCGAGAUGGGGUGUGUUCUUGUGGGGAUUACUGGUGAUUUCUUUCUCUGUUUGUGUAUACUGAGCUUUCGGGAUAUCUGCAGAAAGAGAGCGGAGAGGAAACCACAUACAGAGCAAUGAGCUGAACUGAUCUAUGUUGCUAGUUAACUUGUAUCAAAGGAGAUUUAUGUAUCCAAAAGAUAGGAAUUUUUGAGUAAUUCUCAACAUCAAAUAUGGGAAUGAAGGUAUUUGGAGGUUGAGAAAGGGUAGGAUUUACAGUCGGUAAUUAUUCAUUUUUUUUCUAAUUUAAUAAUUGGAUAUAGAUUUUGUGCCUUGUACUAUGAAAAUGAAACCUAGCCUUCUAUUUAUAGAGGGGACCAGUUAUUGUUAGA